UGCAGCUCUCCCCCAGGUCUCAGUCACUUCCCUUUGGUUGUACCACUUCCCUUUUCUUCUAGCCUGCAGUUCCCUCAUCUUUCUCUAUGAUGACAUCGCCCUAGGAAGAAAUUGAGAUGAACUCCUCACUCAGCUAGCUUCAGGAGCCACGACAUCAUCUCUACCAUGGAAAUUCCACUCACGCUCUGCUGAAGGCCCCCACAUUUGUCCCAGGCCUCAGAGUCUCUAUAAAGAGAGAUUCCCAACUCAGUAUCAGCACAGGACACAGCUGGGUUCUGAAGCUUCUGAGUUCUGUGGCCUCACCUCUGAGAAAACCUCUCUUCCACCAACACCAUGAAGCUGUGCGUGUUGUCCUAUAUCUCUCUCGUGCUAGUAGCUGCCUUCUGCUCUCCAGCACUCUCAGCACCAAUGGGCUCAGACCCUCCCACCUACUGCUUUUCUUACACCGUGAGGGAAGCUUCCUGCCAUAGUUUUGUGGUAGAUUACUACGAGACCAGCAGCCUCUGCUCCCAGCCAGCUGUGGUGUUUCCAAACCAAAGGGGGAAGCAAGUGGCUGACCCCAGUGAGACCUGGAGUCGGUAUGUGUAUGACCUGGAACUGAACUGAGCUGCUCAGAGACAGGAAGUCUUCAGGGAAGGUCACCUGAGCCUGGAUGCUUCUCCAUGAGAGGCAUCUCCUCCAUACUCAGGACUCCUCUCCACAGUUUCCUGUGUCCCUUCUGUUAAUUUAAACUUUUUAAUGUGUCGUGUUAUUGUAUUAGGUGUUAUUUCCAUUAUUUAUAUUUGUUUAGCCAAAGUGUCUCCUAUGGAGAUGGUCCACCGUCACUGUUUCUCUGCUGUUGCAAAUACAUGGAUAACACCAUUUAAAGUUCCAUGUGUUUUCAUAAUAAAACUUCAAAAUAC